CCGAAUCGGUUGGGGCCCUGGGAGGUGCGGUGGGCGUGAGAGAUGGAUCCGAGUUCAAAGGACCAGGAACCCUGUGAAAGCAAGGAGUCUGCUGUUAAUAACUCCGAAAAUGCCUCUUUUAUUUUGGGGACUGGAAAGCUUGUGACGCCCCAGAAGAACCUCACGGAAGCAGCUCCUAAUUUUUGCACCUCAGAUGCUUUUAAGUCACCUUUGAACUUUUCCACAGUAACAGUGGAGCAACUGGGAAUUACACCUGAAAGUUUUGUUAAGAAUUCUGCAGGGAAGUCAUCGCCCUAUCUGAAAAAGUUCAGACGACGUUCUGCAGUUGGAACCCGGGGCUCUCCUGAAACAAACCACCUGAUCCGCUUCAUUGCUCAGCAGCGGAACUUGAAGAAUGCAGAGAAAUCUCCGCUGGAGAGAUCCUGGUGUUCCCCUCUCCAGGGUAGCCCUGGACCUUAUCGAAAUGUUACUUCUUUAAGAGAGCGAAUAUCUGCUUUCCGGUCAGCUUUUCACCCCAUAAAGGAAAACAAGAAAAUGGCUCACUGUCCAGAAUUCUCAGAGACAGAAGCUGAAAAGGAAUGCCUUGGUGAAUACCAGCAGUGUGGGUCCUCUACCAACUCAUCCAAACGUCGGAGAAUAUCCUCGCAGAGCAAGUCCACUGACCCUUUCAGUACCUUGGAUGGAAAAGCCACGGAGGAUGUGCAGGAGUUGACUGCUGGCACCCCGAGGCGGCAUGCUUCUGGUGCUGCUGCUGGCCUUGAGAAAUCAUCUGAUCUUGGGUUUACCCAAUCUGGCUUUGCAAUUGAGGAGUCUGUUUUUGUUCAAGAGCUCACAGAGGCUUCAAAUGGACGGGUGGUUGCUGACGGCGUGGAAGAAAAUGCUGUCCCCCUGGAUGGGCUCGUAGCAGGAGUGAGCGCCCGCGCAUGCCCGGAUGUCACAUCACCCGCCAUGCCAGUGUGCACUGAGGACACCCUACUGCCCCAGGCCUCUGUGCUUCGUUCUGUGUUGAAGAAACCUGUGAACCCACUUCCCGAGAGCAGGCAGGAACACCACCACAGCCUCUGCAACCACGGGCCGCGUCCACGCUUUGUCUCCAGUCCUUCAAGCUGUUGCAAAGAACAAAAAGCAGAUGAAGACGCUUGUAAGGUGCUGGCUGCACACACCACAAGGAAGAGGAAGAGAGUGACCUUUGGAGAGGACCUCAGCCCCGAGGUGUUUGAUGAGUCUUUGCCAGCAAACACUCCACUGCGUAAAGGAGGCACACCUGCUCGACAGAAGGACUUGAGCAGCAUCAGCCCCCAGCCCUCCGACCUGUCACCAGUUCCUGAGCAGUUACUUCAACCCAAUUUUGACGACAAGGAGGAGAAUCUUGAAAACAUAGAGCCACUUCCGGUAUCGCUCCCUGUUCUGAGUCCUAAUAAAUCUUCACCGUGUGAGGCUGUCUCAGGCACAGAGACCUUUAUUUCUUCAAAUAACCCUGAAAAAAUGUCUUCCCAUAAAGUCAGUAGAGUAACCCGGACUUCUAACAGAAGGAAGCAAUCAAAUAUUUGCAACUUGGAGAAUAUGGAGACCCCGCCUUGUAGAGAAAAGAAAACUAAUAAGAGGAAGUCUCAAGAAACCAAGUGUACAAACAAAACAGUUCCUAAAAAGAAUCAGGUUGGAAAAAGCUGCAGAAGGAAGAAAGGAAAGGGGAAGAAGAGUACUCAGAAGUCUUUAUAUGGGGAAAGAGACAUUGCUUCCAAGAAGCCCCUCCUGAGCCCCAUUCCUGAGCUGCCUGAGGGCAACGAGAUGACGCCUUCAGGCCCUGGCUUCUGGAGCACUUGUUCAGGUUCCUGCUUCUUCCAGAAGGUGGCAGUGUGA